CCUUCCGCGGAGUACGGUGGCCCGGAGCGAGCAGCUGCGGACGCGAGUGUCUGGGUGAUGGCGGUGCGGCCCCGCUGGCUGGCGGUCAGAUAACCCCGAGCCCAGGUUGAGCUGGGCGGCAGGAGCGGCGUGUGAGCGGCGGGUUGAGCGACGGGCGAGGCGACCGGGCCGAGGGCAAGCGAGAAGGGCCCUGACUCGCCGCCGCCCCGCUGCGCUUCUUGGAAACGAGCGGCGGGUCCUUGGUGCAUCUGUCGGUCUCUGAGACCCGGUGAGCUUCCAGGCGGCGGACGCCUUGCCCAGCCUGCGAGAGAGCACGCUCUUUGGGAUCGCGAGCCCAGCACAGGUGAGUCCAUGAGGGGAUUCCUGCGUGACUGAUGUGGACACAAGAAGCAAAUGACUACAGAGGACAGACAGUGCCCUUCACAGUGAUCUUCAGGCACUCCCCCAGCGAGGCAGCAAACCCCAGCUCUAUAUGCAUGAUUAGGCAACACCCUGGAGGCCAAGGGCAGCAGCCUCCAUGCAAGUGAGACCUUUCUGUGCCUUGUAACAGCUACGAAGUCAGCUAACUGCUGUGGCCUCCUUUCUGUACCUAGACUGCUUUGUUCCUCUUGCUUCUGCAGAUUCCAGGACAGGCUUCACUGAGGGAACAUCUUAGAGAGUCAUUGUAUUUCUAAGCCUUCAAUAUUUACACCUUGGGGCUGUUGAUCCUCUUACCGGAUACAUUUUGGAAAUCAAAAUGGAAGGUGUCGAAGAAAUUUUGGACAAAUUAUACAAGAAAGUACUUCUUGGAGGCACCCUUGAAGGUGACGUCCAUGGUUACAUCUUUUAUCUCAACCCAAACCUCUCAGAACAAGCUGACCGUACAACCCCCUCUUUAGCUCUGUCUAAUGUCAAUGGUGCAGUUGGUGGGGUGCCAGGCCAGCAUGGGCCAUCCUCCGGUGAGCCGAUCGCCCUUCCUGAAGCGUGGGGGUGUGCGAAGAGUCCCUUUGAGAUAAGCAGGGCCCGGGAGGUGACACUCCUUCAGUUAACAGUGAUGGAUGUGGUGCUGAGCCGAGUGCUGUCUGCCGAAACGGAGGCCCACGCAAAGGAGGGGUACAGAAAGCUGACUGAAGGCCUUUUGCAGUCGGCUGGAGUCGAUUCCACACUGAUCCGGAUGCUCCAGAAUUCCGACAAGCUGUUGUCUCACAUGGCUGCGAAGUGCCUCUCCUCGCUCCUCUACUUCCAGCUGAAGGCGAAGAUGACAUUGAGUAAUCCCUGGAUCACUUUUUGCCAAAAGCAUCUCUCUGAAUCCUGUGAGAGUAGAGAAGCAGUGCACUGCCUCUGGAUUCUUACAGUUGUCAUAAAAGAAAUCUUUCAAGAUACACAUUGCCAACAAGCAGAAAUGCUAAAGCCGCUCUUGGCUCCUUUUGACAUUACUUUUGAAGUAUUCUACAAUUCCUUAUUUUCUCAGCAUUUUGGAAACUUCCAGAAUCCCUCUAAUGUAGUCAACAGCCUGGUGUGCUUCCUGGAGCUGCUUGAACUCCUCACAGCCUCCAGAAUCCACCUGAAACUGCACUUUAAGAGCCAAAGGAUGCUAUUUUUGAAACCCUGUGCUCUAGAUAUCCUUGCCUGGCCUAUUCCAGCUUUUGUGAAAAGGAAAUUGGUGAUAGUCGUCAAAAAGUGCCUUCUAGGUAAAAUGGGGGAAGACCUCUGCCGCGGACCUGUGCCCGCCCUGAUGUCGCCAGACCAUCUUCUGGACGGUGACGUGCUAGCCUUAGCUGACGCUCUUCUGCAUGCCGUGCGCCUGGGGUUGUGGAAGGACUUGUCUGUGCCUGGAAAGCCUUCCCGCUUUGGAGGGGAUGAAAUUCAACCUGGAUGCCGACCCAGGUCUGGCCCUGAUCACGUGACUCUGAGAGCAGCAAGCUUAAUUACCGUGAAAUCCUUAGAAAUCAAGUUCCAGAACUGUACCUCAGCAGCCGAAAUGAGAGUUGACUUGCAGAAGUUCAUGUCCGAGUUACUGACCUUCUUGAAGCCUCACCUCCGGCCCUCUCUGCAAUUGCACAACCCGUGUGAAUGGCUGUCCAGGGUCUUCAUAGAGCAGGACGAUGACAUGCUGGAGGCUGCCAAAGCCUCCCUGAGCAUCUAUCUCCAGCUCAUCAGAGGACAGGACGACACUUCUGGAAGCCUGACCCAAGAAAAUGAAGCAUGGAUCCACUACACGCAUAGAAACGGCUGUAAUCCACACUGUAUUUUCUUAUUCUUAUUAAAGAACAUAGUGUUCGAUUCUACAGUUCUUCUUGACUUCUUGAUUUCCUCCGAAACCUGUUUCCUUGAAUAUUUUGUUAAAUAUUUAAAGUUACUGCAGAGGGACUGGGGCCACUUUCUGGCCAUCUGCAAGUUCUUUGAAGCAGCCAAAUUACGGUGUGGAGUAAUUACUCAUGGUGCUAUGGCCCCCUCACUUGUCCAAGACGGAAGAGUCAGGCACACAGCACCGCGUGCCCUGGCUUCUCCUGUGGUCCACACAGCACCGCGUGCCCUGGCUUCUGUUGGUGGCACAGCCCCGCGUGCCCUGGCUUCUCCUGUGAUCCACACAGCCCCACGUGCCCUGGCUUCUCCUGUGAUCCACACAGCCCCACGUGCCCUGGCUUCUCCUGUUGGCGGCACAGCCCCGCGUGCCCUGGCUUCUCCUGUGGUCCACACAGCACCGCGUGCCCUGGCUUCUCCUGUUGGCGGCACAGCCCCACGUGCCCUGGCUUCUCCUGUGGUCCACACAGCACCGCGUGCCCUGGCUUCUGUUGGUAGCACAGCACCGCGUGCCCUGGCUUUCCCUGUUGGCCACAGAAAUGCUUGCCUACAGGCCUCCCGGGCUUCCAGUGCCUCCUCUGAACCCCAGAGCCAGGUGCUGAUGCCCAAUCAAGCUCACACAGUGCCAGCUCAUGGCCUACCUUCCCAGACUCCGCUGAGUCUGGUAGAUUAUGAGAGCUCCGAAGAUUCUGGUGAGGAAGCCACAAAUCAGCAUUUAGCAAACUGCAAACAGACAUCUUCACGUCGAGAAAGGAGCAGGGAAACUCAAGACCUGCCUAGGACAAGUCGCAAUCAAAAAGAACGUAGCCGGGAGCCUCAGCGGAGGCCUCUGCUUCCCCGACAGUCCGGCCCUCCCUUCUGUGCUCCUGGAGAAGUUGCUCCCAGUGGGGCUGUCUGGGAAGUGGGACUGUUUCUUAGAACAGUGAAAUGCCUCAAGGAGCUACAGGGCGCUAUUGAGCGCUUGCAGGAGAAAAACCUCUUUCCUUAUAACCCAGCCGCACUUCUGAAGUUGUUGAAAGGGGUGGGGGCGAAGUGUGGUAAAGUGUGAGUAUUGGGUGACAUGGAAGCAUCUGUCCACGGGGUUUGUUUUUGUCUAUGUAAAUUGCAUAUCUGAGAUAAAUAAAAAGGAACCAAAACUGCAAA